AUGGGCCGCGGCGUCCCUGCCCGCAGUCCCGGGGCCGGCGGGGGCCGGCGGUCCGCACGCUCGCCCCGCCCCCUGGCCGGCCCCGCCCCUUCUUUUCGCAUUGCGGGGCGGCCGGAGGCUGGCACGGUGCCCCCUGCACCCCACGUGGCGUCCGGCCGGGGCCGGGGCCGGCCGCGCGGUGGGGGGAGGGGAGAGAGACAGUCGGCCCAGGGAGCAGCCAUGGAGGGGACAGGUGGCGAGCUGGGGGCACAGGGAAGCUGGGGUCUAGAAGAUGCCCCAGGGCUCCUGGCCAGGGCCUCCCUGCCCGUCAUGCUCCCAUGGCCACUGCCCCUGGCUUCCUCGGCCUUCACCGUGCUCCUCGGAGCACUCACUUCCCUUUUCCUCUGGUACUGCUACCGCCUGGGUUCCCAAGACAUGCAGGCCCUGGGAGCCGGGAGCCGGGCUGGGGGUGUCAGGGGUCGGCCUGGGGGGUGCCCUGAGGCCGGCAGGCCAGGCCCCAGGAGCUCUGGGGAGUCCGGGGAAGGAACCAGGACAGAGGGUCUCGUGAGCCGUCGGCUUCGGGCCUAUGCCCGGCGCUACUCCUGGGCUGGCAUGGGUAGGGUGAGGAGGGCUGCCCAGGGCGGCCCAGGCCCCGGGGGCGGGCCAGGGGUCCUGGGCAUUCAGCGCCCAGGCCUGCUUUUCCUACCAGACCUGCCUUCAGCGCCCUUUGUGCCACGGGACGCUCAGCGGCACGACGUGGAGCUCCUGGAGAGCAGCUUCCCUGCCAUUUUGCGUGACUUUGGGGCUGUGAGCUGGGACUUCUCAGGGACUACCCCUCUGCCUCGGGGCUGGUCCCCACCCCUGGCCCCUGGGUGCUACCAGCUCCUGCUAUACCAAGCAGGCCGGUGCCAACCCAGCAACUGCCGCCGGUGCCCGGGGGCCUAUCGGGCACUGAGGGGCCUGCGGAGCUUCAUGAGUGCCAACACCUUCGGCAAUGCUGGCUUUUCUGUCCUCCUGCCUGGGGCCCGGCUCGAGGGCCGCUGCGGGCCCACCAAUGCUCGGGUCCGAUGCCAUCUGGGCCUGAAGAUCCCCCCUGGUUGUGAGCUGGUGGUCGGGGGCGAGCCCCAGUGCUGGGCCGAGGGGCAUUGCCUACUGGUGGACGACUCCUUCCUGCACACAGUGGCCCAUAACGGCUCCCCCGAAGAUGGGCCUCGAGUGGUCUUCAUCGUGGACCUCUGGCACCCCAAUGUGGCUGGGGCCGAGCGCCAGGCCCUGGACUAUGUGUUCGCACCAGACCCCUGAGUGCUGUCUUCCCCUGUGGACAUCUGAGCUGGAGACGCUGCACUGGGAGCCAGCCUGAGCAAUGGCCAGCGUGGGACCGGGGGGCUGGGGGAGGGCGGAGGCUGAGGGAGGUGGC